AUGGUCAUUUGGACGAACACGUUUCCGAUAAUCGAGUACAUUGCAAGAGGCCCCGUCGCUCGUCGGACUAUCGACCGAGCAAAUGCGCAAUUUGGGACAAAGGCAUUGAAAGCCCUCUUCCGGGUCUUCCCUCUCGCUGGGCUUCUGCGCGUCGACCUCAGCUGGUCGGGAAGUUAUUUAUUGGACGUGCCGCGCCGGGGCGGUGGGUGGAUACGGGAGAACCUUUGCGACGACGAUGGGCAGCGGGAGAGGAGAGAUCAAUUGAUCGAGCACGAUCGGAAGCCGGAUUUGGAUGGCACGUGCGGGGCGAGCGGCAACGGCCGACGCUGGGCACUCUCAAUCAUUGCUCGUCGUCCCCAUUGCGCCUCUCUUCGUCCCUCACCAGGCUGGCUCUCUCACCCAUCCCACUCCCGCCACGCCUUCAUGAGCAACGGUUCCCCCACCGCCUACCUCCUCUGGGCAAUCUUAUCAUGCAUCUUCCUCACCUUCCUGCUCCUCCAUCUCUGGGCCUAUGACCGCUUCAAUUGCUUGAAAUGGGACUCCGGAAGACAACCAGGCGCUUUCAAGCGCGUAAUGACGUACUCUUACGUCGCCACACUUCCCCUUCUUGUCAUAUUCAGUGUUUCUCUCACCGUUUUCAAAUUCAAAGAGGGUUACUGGAUGUCGCCCAGCGGCACAGUAAUUCCUCGGCCAUUGGUUCUUUGGGAUCCAGAUCAUAAGCGCUGGUUGCUUCCGCUGUAUUUCGUGCUGAGCAUUGCCUGGUCAUUGGAACUAGUAACACACCUUGAAGAGCUCUCCUUCUGGUUGUUCCUCUUGCACCAGGGUCCUGGAAAACGAGAUUGGUUCCACAGUUGGGAAUUUAGAAUAUGGUACACUGGGAGCAUCAUUGCGGUGCUAGGCAUGCCCCUGACUACUCUGGUCUCGAGAAGGGAGAUUGAACGCGUUCAAGCAUGGAUCUUCUUGGCGGGAUCUUCUGCUGGUACAUCCACGACAGUUUCCUUCCUCUACGUCCUUGCUCGAUUCCCUGGAUUCAUCCAACAUGUCAAAGAGGGUGGUGCGGAACCUGAUGUUGUAGUGAGGCUAGCGACAUUUUACAGCCUUAAUCGCAUUCGUGUCAUGUUCCGCUUCCUGUUCACGAUCCCCCUCCUGAUCAUUGGCAUCGAUGCCCUCCACCCUCCAUACCCCAUCGUCGCCGAUCCAUUCGCCUUGGAUUUUCUCUUGAUGAUGGGAGGGAUGGGGUGCUUCAUCUCUUCUGCCAUCACCCUUCUCAUAUUCUUCCCUCGGUCGAUCACGCGGGAAUCAGGGUACAAGGCCAAGAUUGUCUCGCCACAGAACUCGGGCAAGGUGCCCACAGUGACGUCGCCACUGCCAAACUACUACACGCAUGACCAGGACCACGACCCAACGACGCCAAAGGUGUAUACGCCCGUCAGCCCCGUCUCUGUCAAUGGCGCGCGCAUGAGCGCGUUCCGCUUCCCGCACCAACAAUACCUUCAUCACCAACACCCAGACGACCUACCGCCGCCCUCGCCUUCUCCUAUGCCCUCGCCACUACCGCACCAUCACGACCACGACCACCUACACCCCGAAUAUGCCUUGUAUCAUGCAGAAUCGCUGCCUGGACGGCGGCGGCGAGAAAGUGAGAGCGAAUACGACAUCUCGCCGGGGUACGAGUCGGACAUUGACAGUAGUGGAAUGCACCGCUCGUCCAUCCCGUUCCAAACCCUUGUGUCGCCAAUACACGGCGGGCCUGGAGGGCCUGGCCCGGGCGGCGGCGGGGGCAAUGGGGGCAGCGCGGCUCCAAUUAGCCCACAUCCACACGUAGAGCGCCAGGACAGCGCGCAGACGGCGGUCUCGCGCCCAACGUCCGGUGCGCGAUCAGACGACACCGUGGUAUGGGAGCGCCCCGAGCCGUCCUCUCCUCUAGCCUUCCCAAUGCCGGGCAACCACCGCUCGCCGCGCUCGCUGCACUCGCACAUCCCCGUGGAGGUGUUAGCGCCGUUGGAGCCGAUGGAGGUGCAAGUGGCGCUGCCCACACGGGACCUGUCGUUGGGCUCGGGGAGCACAGGGACGGCGGUCGCGGGCGAGAGCGUGAAGAAGCGGAGGCGGUACUCCGACGGACCAUUUGUCUAUUCGCGGCACUCGCAGUUCGCGCAUGGGGGUGGGCUGGGGAUCCCGAUCAUACAGAGGAGGAUACAGCAGAGCGUGCCGGCGUCGGAGGAGGGCCACCGGUCGAGGGAGAGGGAGAGGGAGUCGUCGCAGUUGCAUCCAUACGUGAUGAACUUCACGUCGCCCAUCGACCUGCUGGACUACACACCAUCAGACGAGGGCAUUCAUAUGGUAUGA